AUGUUAUUUUAUUUUCCACGUUUCUCAGCCGUUACAUCACCCUGCCUACCUGGCCACCUCCUCUCCACCCAAGAAGAAAGGGGCUCCCACACCGCAGCCCGGGGACACCUCCCGGGGGAGCCCCCCAGCCCGGGCACGCAGCGGCCCGGGGACCUUUCCCUUUCCUCCCCGCGCCCCGGUUACAAUCAAGAGAGACAAACGUCAGGCGUGCCAAUCAACUUCAGAAGCGCGGCCCCGAGCGCUCGGAGACCCGGACCCGGGACCCACGCCAACCGGCCGCAGCCUCCCGCCCGGGCCUUCCCGCCCAGCGGCAGCCUCCACCCGACCUCGGCGUCCCCUCACCACGCUCACAGGCCGGCCGCCGCCACCCCGCCGCCGGCUCACUUGCUGCCCUCCGCCCUGCCCGCGGCGAAGCCCCGUGUCACCCCGAAGCCGAGCGGGAGGAGCCAGGGGCGGAGCAGCCCCUCGGCUAAUCAUUCCGGAUUUACCCGGCCCUCCCACAGCCGCUCCUCGAGGGCCGCUCAGCCCCGAAGCCCCGCCCCCGGCAUGCCUGCGCAGCCGCAGUGCCCUCGGCUCCCGGCUCUGAAAGCGGUCGGAGCCAGCGUGGGCACUCAGCCCUUAGGAGUUGAAGGCAGAGAGAUCAGGAGUUCAAAGCCGACAUCCACUACCUGGCAAGUCUGGGACCAGCCUGUGCCACAAGGAGACCUUGCCACAAAAGAAAAGAGAAGAAAGGAAGGGGAGGGAGAUGACUUGCUGUGUGAGCCAGACCUCCUGAAAUGGGAGAUGGAGACCGGAGGGCCAGCUAGCAUGUAGUAAGUAACCUGUCCACAAACAAGAGACCCUCGCUCACUAAAUGGAAUGCAAAAACCUACUCAUGAAAAUUAUCCUCUGACAUAUACACAUGCACAAUAAAUGAAUGUAAAGCUA